AUGUCCACCACCUUGUCGGACAUUUUUAAGGAGGAGAAGGUGCCCUCAGACCUUGCAGCCGAGCUUUCCAGAAUCCUCACGAUUCACAGCUUCGCUUGCAUUGCACCCAGCGCCGAGCAGUUGGAGGAUUCCAUUAAGGAGGCAGUCCCAGGUACAUUGCAUGCACUCAUGAAUCCAGUUUGCAUUGCAUGCCUGAAAGCAGCCUAUCACCGCUGCCUGACCAGCUUGGUCUCUGUGGCUGCUUCCCCUCCCCCUUCCGCUCCAGCUCCUGCAUCAUCGCUUACAGCUUCUUCCACUUGGACGGACACCUUCCCGGCGAAGCUGGGACAUGAGAAGGUCAGUGCCUUAAAGACGAAAUUUGAGGCCGAUUAUCCAUCAGAGAUUCUGGACCAUUCUACAAUGCCUUCUUCUCGCCUCUUGGCGACUGUCAACAAACAGUGCCAAGAGAAGCAUUACAGCUAUGUGGCGUGGAAGCAUCGCGUUAGUGAAGAGAAGCUCGAUGAUAUGCAUUCCAAUCGCCCUCGCAAAAUUGCCAGGUUCGACGACUUUAUCUUUGAUGAAGUUCCAUUUCGUGAGAUUCCAGAGUCUGGCAUCAGCCAGAUGUUUUUGUUACAUUUGCUUGACCUGCUCGCUUUUGCAUUCUGUCUCCUUGAGGCUGCACACCUGUCGUCCUUCAGGUUGGGGACUCAGGACUUCGUUCACCGAAUGUACAUGAAAUGCAACUGGCUGAUAAAGAAGCCUGGCGAUGCAUUUGCGAUCUGGCCAACUCUGGUUGGAGCCUUGACGAUGCCCUCCAUGAAGUGGUGCAGGACCGACGGCCCCAAGUGGUGCAUUUCAUUCAUGGAGGCCGGAGUUCAGAAGCAGAUGUGUAAACGAUGGAAUCUCAGGUCACACCUCCACUUCAUCGGAGGAGAUUUUGCAAAUCCUGCAGGGUACAUUUCUGGAGGGAAUGACGAAGUGGAGGCGAACACUCUGAACUACACAGUUACACUUGGCAACUUUACCGGCGGCGGUCUGCUCUUGGAAUCCGAGUCUGGGGAUCACUCACACUUUGUUGCAGAGAUGAAUCGCAAUCUCAGGUUUGCUUUGGUGGACGCUCGUGACCAACCCCUUGCAUUUGAUGGUACUCUUUGGCAUGGCACUGCUCCAUUCCAGGGAGACAGAUGGGUGAUUACGGCUUACACUUGCCGAAAUCUUGACAAGUUGCGAGAGACUGAUGUUCAGGCUCUCCGUGCAUGGGGUUUUCCGCUUCCCAAAUGUGAUGCAUUGCCGACAGCUGAGGUGGCAUCUCUCCAGCCACCUGAGUCUACAUCCCUGCCAUCCAAAUUUUGCCUGUGGCUCGGUUCCAUCGCACAGGUGGAUAAGGAAAAGCUGUCUCUGCAAUCGGUGCCGUUGAUUACAGUGCCGGACCUACAAGAUGGUACAUUGCGACAUCAAGUCAUUCGUUGUUCUGCCGAUGGGGUUUUCUCCACGAUUUUCAUUCGCUUUUCUGGUGAGUGGAGCGCGGCUCAUAAUAUUUGGGUAUUACAGCUUUGCAAACUGGCCUUUUCAUGUGGCACGACUGUGCACUUAGAUAUCUCUGCUUGGGAUAAUUGCUGGUAUGAUCCUCUUUUCAUUCACUGUGUGGCCACAGGUUUUCGACAUGUGGUGCAAAUCCCACCCUGUGCAUUUCAGGGCAAGGCAGGUGAUAUCCCUUACACUACCCCAUUGAUCGAGGCCUUUGGCAAGCUUUUCAUUUCUACUGAUGGUGCCACCGGUGUACCCGGAGCUACCUUUUCUGUUCAGCAUGCCUGGGAUUCCAUUCCAGGAAAGAAUCGGCAAGGAUGUCAUGCGGGAGCUCAGUCGAGACUCUUGUCUCCCAAGGAGGAGAGUCUCCUUUCAGCCGAGGACAUUGCGAGAGUACAGUCCAUUUUUGGUAACUGGUUGCAGGAGCAAACAGGAAAUUCGGUUGAUUGGUCCAUUCCCCCGGACCAACCGUACUGUCUCCAUGCAUUCUCGGCGCUUUCCUCAGCUCUGCAUGAUUGCGAUAUUUCACUUUUUGGUGCAUUGCUUCAGGGCGUUCCUACAGGCUUUAAACAGGACAUUCCAUUGUCGGGGUGUUUUGCACCGUCUGGACGUGCUGUGGAGGAAGAUUCCCUGUCCAUUGCUAUGGAAAAUUGGCAGGGUGCGGAGGCUGAUCCACUCCUUCUUGAGGAGCUGGUCCAGGUUGAAGUUGACAGUGGUUGGCUUCGGUGCAUUGAUUCGUUGGAGGAUGCUCGGAAAAUCUGGCCGAAUGUUGCAGUGGGCAAGUUGAAUAUUGUCCAUUCAGCAGGUCUCCUUGGCAUCCGUGUGGGACCAAAGCUUUUCUUCUACAAGGUCCAUUCCAAGAAGGAGCUACUGAAUUGCAAUCUGGGCGACAAGGACAUCUGGCUGCGAAUAUCCGAUCCU